GUAGGCAAAUCACGUGGAACGAGUCCGUCUGUCGUCAUGUCUGUGCCGUGCUAGAUGAUUUCGGCUCGUUGCUCUGCUCCGCCGCUCCUGUAGUGACAGCCGCAUAUUUUCCUUUUCACAUCCACCGAAGAAUGAGCGAAAACGAUGACGUCGAAGUCGACAGCGAUGCAGACAAGCGAGCACAUCACAACGCGCUGGAGCGCAAGCGGAGGGACCACAUUAAGGACAGUUUCCACGGGUUACGAGACUCUGUUCCCGCACUGCAGGGAGAAAAGAAGUGUGUUAAACAGGCGUCCCGGGCACAGAUUCUGGACAAAGCCACAGAGUACAUCCAGUACAUGAGGAGGAAAAAUCACACGCACCAGCAGGACAUCGACGACCUGAAGAAGCAGAACGCGCAGCUGGAGCAACAGGUCAGAGCGCUGGAGAAGGCCAAAGGGAACACGCAGCUCCAGACCAACUACUCCUCCGACAGCAGCCUGUACACCAACCGCAAAGGAAGCGCCGUGUCAGCAUUCGACGGCGGCUCGGAUUCCAGCUCCGAGUCGGAGCCGGACGAGCCGCCCAACCGGAAGAGGCCGCGCGUGGACCCCAGCUAGAGUCGGGCGAAAUCCACAGUCUCUAAAAAAAGAAAAAGAAACCCACCAGCCCUGAGCAUCUCUGACCAGACUGUGAGUGAGAGGUGUGAUCUGUGUUCCACGACUCCCCAAACCAGGCAGCUCUGCACACACAGACUUGACUCCAACCUUUCCCUGGUGAAUGUCACUCAAAGCAGAUUUCUGUUGUGAAUGAGCCUGUGUCAUGUGUCUAACUCUAUACUCCUAAGUGGUUUGUAAAGAAGAAGCCUCCACAUCAUGUCUGCCCGUACUGAAAACUGUUUUUUUUUUUUUCUUUUUACGUGAGACCGUUUUCAUUUUGUCAAUCCUUAUGUUCCAUUCCAUGGAUGUUACCGGUAUGUUGUACAUACUGCCAACAGCUGUCUUGCGAGUUGAGGCGAACCUUUACAAGACUUUAAAUAAAACUAUUUUAUUUU